AUGGAAAAUCCAGAGAAGGAAGAAGAGCUUACUGGAGGUGGGACCCCAAGCGUGCAAUUGUACUGUUCUGGGCCGACUAUGACAAGAAGAAGGAAGGCUCUCACUGCUGGAAAACUUCCUGCACAGGCUCCAGCCACCAUGGUUCAAAAUAGGAACGCAUCUGAAGAAAUUCUCGCUCCAAAUUGCUCACCAGUGGAGGUUGUGAAGUUCUUGGAAAGCCGUGUUGCAACAAGGCUUCAAGGAAAUGAGGCACUGUCAGAGCAUAAGGCUCCUCCUGCCAUGUUGGCGCUGGCACAGGAGAUCAUGGAGCAGGUGGUGAAUUCAAAACCUACUCGUCUAUCUGAGUCCCUACAGUCCAAACCAAAAUUCUCAAACACGCAGUAG